AUUUUUAUGCCAUCAAAUAAAAAUUCAAAAUGUCUACGGAACAGAAAAAUAUUAAAGUUGUGGUACGUGUUAGGCCAUACAAUCGCAGGGAAAUGGAACAAAAUCAGAGAAGCAUCAUAAAGGUUUUGGAUCGUGAAACGCUGCUCUUCGAUCCCGACGAAGAGGACGACGAAUUCUUUUUCCAAGGUGCCAAAGUUAAUCAUCGCGACAUAACAAAACGCGUCAAUAAAAAACUUUCCAUGGAAUAUGAUCGCGUAUACGAUACGGACACCACAAACGUACAAAUAUUUCAAGAAUGUACAGCUCCGCUGGUUGACUCUGUAUUGAAUGGGUAUAAUUGUUCGGUUUUUGUAUAUGGUGCAACUGGAGCUGGCAAGACGUUCACCAUGUUGGGUAGUUCAACGAGUCCAGGAUUAACAUUUCUAACGAUGCGUGAUCUUUUUGAGAAGAUUGAAGCCCAAAGUGAUGUCCGAAAGUUUGAUGUGGGCGUAAGUUAUUUAGAGGUGUACAAUGAACAGGUAAUGAAUCUGCUGACGAAAACCGGGCCACUUAAAUUACGCGAAGAUUCGAAUGGUGUUGUGGUAAGCGGUCUAGUUCUGAAGCCUAUAUUCAGUGCCGAGGAACUUCUCGAGUUGUUGGCAUUGGGAAAUUCAAAUCGUACACAACAUCCAACCGACGCGAACGCGGAAAGUUCGCGAUCACAUGCUGUGUUUCAAGUGCACAUAAGAAUGACGGAUCGUAAGACGGGUACAAAACGUAUGGUGAAGUUAUCUAUGAUUGACUUGGCCGGCAGUGAACGUGCUGCCAGUACCAAAGGUAUUGGUAUUCGGUUUAAGGAGGGAGCCAGCAUAAAUAAAAGUCUUUUGGCACUUGGCAACUGUAUAAAUAAGUUGGCGGAUGGUUUGAAACAUAUACCUUAUCGAGAUUCGAAUUUAACUCGCAUUCUGAAGGACUCGUUGGGUGGCAACUGUCAAACAUUGAUGGUUGCAAAUGUUUCGAUGAGUUCCUUGACCUAUGAGGAUACCUACAAUACAUUAAAGUAUGCAAGUAGAGCCAAGAAGAUUCGAACAACAUUGCGUCAAAAUGCAUUGAAAACAAAUAUGCCGAAAGAAUUCUAUGUGAAAAAAGUCAACGAACUUAUGGAUGAGAACGAUCGUCUUAAGAAAAGCAUGGCUACACUUGAGACGAAAAUUAGCAAGGCAUCGACAUAUGAUGAUAGCGAACUGAAACCGUGGUACACUCGAAUUGAUCAAAUAUAUAUGACAAUACUACAGAUACAGGAUCAAUAUAUCACACUGAAGAGUCGUUUAAAGAAUCUAACGCUAAGACGAAAACUUAAAACAGAUAUGGACGAUUUUCGAAAGAUGCUUAAUGUUGAUAGCAGACAGCAAGAGAAUUUUGAUAAUUUCUCUAUGACUAUUUGCAAUCUAAGUAUGGAAAUUGAUAAAUUAGAACUAGAAAUACCAUGUUGGCGUGAAAAAUUACAAAACUCCUAUAAGGACCUAGAAAAGCUGAAACAGCAAAUUAAAUCAUCAAAACUUGCAAAUAUCUUAAUGAUCUACGUAAAGGGAAAGAACAUGGAGGUACAGAGCUCGAAACAAGCUCUAGUAAACAAACACAUAACCAAUAUAGAUACUGAGGUUGUGGUUAAUGCCCAUUGGCUGCACAGGGCAUUUACUUUGGCUGGUGAUGUUAUAAAAAAUGGAACAUUAAAUGCCGAACAAAGAUAUCACUAUGAUCAACUGCAACGCCAUUUGCUGGGAACAACCUUGAGUACCGUGCCCAGUGAAAUUAAUGUUGGAGAACAGCUAAUGGAUGGAAUUCAACCGGAAGAGGAUGUUGAUCACAUGUGCUCGGAAGAUAAUAACCGAAGAACACGAAGUAGUAAACGUUUACGAAUGGAAGAAUACGAUUUGGACGAUUUAGAUGGCAUGAAUAAUAGCAACUCAGACCACGAUGCUGAUGAUAAUGAUGAUGACGGGUGUACGGGUGGUAACGAGGGUGGUGAAAUCGUUGAUAUGCACACAACAUUUAAAAUGCCUGCCAAGAAACCGCGUACAAAUCUAAAUGAAACGCAAGUAUUGUCUGUGGAUGCAAAUGUGAAUGCAACAUUUUACAUGGGCCCUUCGGGGGCUUCCAACGGUGCGAAGAAGAUCGUUAAAAAUGGCAAGGCUUUGCCAGCCAACAAAGGAAAUCUUGUUACAAAUGUACUAUCGGAACAAAUUGUAAAAGGGCCAUCAAAUUCGGAACAAUUAAAAAAUGUUCUGCUGAAAUCAAAGAAAUUUACCCACAACAAUCUUUUAAAAACUGUUGCCGCUGGCGUGCAGAAGGAAAACAUCAAAAAAUUCAGUCCCAAUCGAGUAAGAAAAAGUCCUCACACAGUUGUUAGCAAAGUACUCAAUAGUGCGGCGACAAAUUUGGUUAAACAACGACUAGCAACACGAACAAAUAAUGGCACUGCCACAGAUGCCCCCAUUGUAAGAAUUAACAGAGCAGCUUCGUUUCGGGUUAAAAAAUAA